AUGGGUUGGUUGCUUGCGGGAUAUGAUAAGACGUCAGCCCUGAAGAGAGGGGACACAGUUGCCUUCGUCAGUCCCUCCGCACGUCUGAAUGAUAUCCUGCCCGGCCCCCUCGAGCGUGGAAGAGCAUAUGUCGAGUCUCUAGGCUUUAAAGUGCGGAUAUUCUACACAGCUCUCGCAGCAGACGCUGGUAUUGCCAAGUCGAUCCGUACCCGCUGCGAGGAGCUUCAUGCGGCUUUCCGCGACAGCGCGAUCACCGCCAUUAUUUGCACGAUAGGUGGUGACCAUGCCAAUGAGAUGCUACCAUUCCUCGACUAUUCCCUAAUCCAAUCGCAUCCUAAGAUUUUUGUUGGAUACAGCGACACCACUUUCCUCCAUUAUGCGAUUAACUCUCGCACCGGCUUGCGCACAUUCUACGGACCGUCCAUCUUGACAGACAUCUCCGACUUUCCGACACCCAUGCAGUUCACCGUCGAUCACUUUCUCCAUGUCCUGACGAAGGCGGAGGAUCCAGUAGGCCCUCUACCUCGCUCGCCUAUCUACUCGAUGGUACACAACGACUUUCUUUUUGGCGAAGAGGCCUCCGAGAAACCACGUGAGGUUGCUGCAUCGCCGUCGUGGCGUUGGCUUCGCAGCGGUCGUGCCACUGGUCAGCUCUACGGGGGUACUGUUUCCUGCGUUGUGCGGCUUCAGGGGACCAACUACGCCCCUGGUUCCUGGAAAGGGAAAAUUCUAUUCCUGGAGUCCUCUAUGGGCGACGAUAUAAGCCUUCCCUAUUCCGUCAACGAUUUCCGCAGCAGCCUAGUUGAUCUUGCGUUAUCGGGCGCGCUGCACGACAUCAGUGGAAUGGCCAUCGGAAGAGGAUAUAAGACGAGAUCGCUGGGGUUAUUGGGGAGAUCUUUAAUGUCAUUGUUGCCCGAGAGCCCGAGGGAUUGCCAAUCGUGA